AUGUCGAACCUCAAUCAAGACCAAAUCAAAGUCCUCGAGCAAUCAAGGCAGCGUCUCGUCCAGCUGACCCGCUCCCUGGGCUCACUCAUUGCAAGCCUAAACCAAAGCGACCCUCUUCCCCCGUGGACCUCCCUCCAAUCCCAAGCAAGCAUCAUCUCCAACAACCUCAUCAGCGUCUCCGAACAACUCUCCGACCAACGCGACCUCCUCUCCACCCUAGUCGCCUACCCAGGCCCCGAAUACCCAGGUCGCACACAAGCAAGCACGCUCGAACAACUCCUCCGCACAAAACUCGACCCCCGCGUCGAGGACUGGGUCGCGCGCGGCCGCACGGCAGGCACGGAAUCCGCCGCCGCACCUACCUACCGCGCCGAUGACGCGUACAAGCCGCUGAGCGAAGCGCAGCUGGCGCAGCUGUGGGAGUGGGCGCCGCUGGAAGCGAACCAGGAGGCGCGGCGGCGGAACUGGGGUGGGAAUUAUACGCUUGAGGAGCGCGAGGCUGGGAUUGAGAAUGUUGUUACGGGGUUGAAGAGGCAGUUGGAGGAUGAUGAUGGGUCGGAGGAGGAGAGUGAUGGGGAGGAUGGGGAUGGGGAGGAGAUGGAUGUUGUGGGUGUUCAUCGGAGACCUGGGUCUGCGGGAUUGGAGUUUGAUAUUGCGCCUCAUGUUCAGCAUCCGGUGCAGCCGUUUGUGCCGUUGGAUCUUAUUUUGAGGCAUAUGACUACUGGGCGCAUGCCGUAG